CGUCGUCAUGUGGGCGAGCAAAGGACCGGCAAACCGCAGCGAAUCUAAUGAAGUAGCGGCUCGAUACCCCACCGCAACAACAGUGCGUGCGUCUCAGGGCGCCAACAAAAUGCGUUCAAUGUCGUACGCGGCAUUGAACUUGUCAUGUCCACACGGCUCCAUCAUCCGGGCACACCGGUUGCAAUGGUGUGCAGCCAUUUUACAGUUUCCUUUGGGGCGGUUGCCAGGAAGUCCGCCGGUGGACGACGGACACGAACGCAUACGGAACUAUAAUGUCGAAAGGUCGGCUUGUACCAAGACCAAUUCCUGAUGAUCGUUAAUAGUGCGAUCACGUAAACACGACAUGAAGUCGACUUGUUUUGGCUGUCAAAACAUCCGCCAACCACCAUCAUCUGUCAUCGAACGCAAACAUCUACUGGCAAGUGCCUACUACGAUCCUGAAACGGCUGUCAUGCACAUCGACACGCCUGGAUGCAUUUCCAAGUGGUGUAUC